CUUGCCUUGGCCGAUGUCUGUGCUUCCACUCGAUCGAGAGCGGCGAAGGAAAGUAGAAGAAGGGAGAGCAUAUUUGCAGGAUGGGGUGUUAUCUCAUCUGGAAAUGCUGGAGGCCCAGGCUCAUGAGGCAGCCCUAAAGCAGGAGGAAACUGAGCAGCAAGAGGAGAAACUGGCCAGGCUGAAAGCCAGAGUGCGGGAGCUGAGGCUUCGGAGGGAUGAGCUGCGGGCUAAAGUGGACUUGCAGCAGCAGAGGCUCCUCGAGAAAGAAGGGGUCGUGACGAGCGGCGUCUCAGAGGCAGCCCGGCCCAGUGACCGGGCCGUUCUGGAGUGGAAGAUAAAAAAUGUUCAGGCCAUGCUGCAAGUCUUCUACCUCACAGGGAUCAGUGGGAAGCUGACCAAGCACGGCGUGUGUUUCUGCAUCAGCACUGCUUACGAGGGCACCUACCUGGAUUCCUACUACCUGGACCUCGUCACCAAGCUGGAGGUGCAGAUUCGCCGCCACUCUGUCCCCGUCUUUAUCCCCUUGGAGCAGCUAGCCAAGAAGUACUUGCAGACAGACAUCAAGCGCUUCCUGUCUGUGCUGUCCGACCACCUGAACGCCUACGUUGGGAGGAGGUACCAGGCUGACCAGUUACAGGAACGCUUUUCAGACCGCCUAGAAGGAACCUUGCAGAGGAACUCCUUGUGUAACGUGUUGGUCUUUAAAUACAACACGUCAGGAGACAAACAGGCCUUUCCGUUCCGCGCGAAGCUGCUCUAUGGAGAUCUCUGUCGCAGCCUCCCCACCGAAGCCGUUAUUUCGUGCACGCCGGAUGCUCCCGCGUCUCUAGCAGAGAGGACAGCAGCUCACUCGGACGUGUUUCGCCGUGUGGCUCUGCACAAAGCCUUUGACUCAUUCAGCAGCCCUGAAGAAAGCCUGGAUCAAGCACCGUAAGCGAGUCCGGCCCUCCCCAGUACCGUGUAUUUCCUGAUCUUCCCAGCCCGCGCGGAGUGGUCUCGAAGUGCGAAUGUUUUCUGUGAACUGCAGCACUGUGGCUGGGAACCUGCUGAGCAGCAGUUGACCCAGU